AUGCUGCUGUUCGCCAUGAUCAUGUUAGCUCAAGGUACCCAAGCAACAACAGAGGUCUUGACAGAUGAUGCUGUGGUGCAUGCUGUGAGUGCCAGUGCAAGCUUCGUAGCCCGAUCACGUGUGUUCGUGUACGUGAUGCUGCUGGCUUCGAUCGGAGCCAUCCUGUGCAUGAUGCAGCCCUUCGCAGCGUCAAUGAGGUUGCCACCAAGGUAUGAUCCAAGUGAUCCAAGUCAGACGUUCAGGACGUGGAGUCAAGACUUGAUGCUGUGGUCGAUCUCAAGUGAACUCCAACCACAUCAACAGGCUGCCAUGAUCAUCAGCCAGUUGUCAGGACCUGCAAGGGAACUCGCCAGGUCCAUCACGCCACAGGAGGUGUUCCAAGGUGGGGUGCAUAAUGGUAAUCACCUAGAUCCAGUCAGCUACUUGGCGCAAGGUCUCGCAUCAAGGUUCGCACCGUUGGAUGAUGAGACCAGACUUCGCGCUGCUCAAGAUCUUCUCGCGUUCCAGAGGAGACAAGGUGAAACUGUCGACGCACUCAUCACCAGAUUCGAGUUGACUCGCAGCCGAGCUCGCAAUGAUGGCGGUGGAGCUCAAGUGUCGGUUGAGACAGGUUCUCUCCUGUUGUUGAGAGCCUGUGGAGUCACUGCAGAGCAGUUCCAGGCACUAACGCAGCCGUUCGGGUUUCGGCUGCCCAGCAAUGACGAGCAGUUCAAUGCACUGUGUGCCCACAUUCGUAGAUUAGGCCACAUCAUUGAGCGCCAGCCGUUAAACAUUGCAUCAACACUUCGUCACAAUCCCAUGAACCAACAUGGCCAGCAAAAUCCGCACUUUCGUAGGAAUGCAUACUUCGUAGGUGCACAACGCCACAUGUAUGCAGAGCAGCUUCAUUUUGCUACAUAUGAAGUGCCGCCAGACGCACCGACACGUGAAGAUGAUGAUGCUUCAUGGUUUCGUGUUUCGUAUGGUGCUCGAUCUGUAGAGCCGUCGGAACAGCAGACCCCAAGUCGUGCCGCGUCUCGUGUUGCAGACGAAGCUGAGGUGCAAGACACUCCAAGGCAUCGUGGCGGAGAACCAGAACAUGUGCGUUUGACCCCAAAUUUCCCAAGCGGUGAAGAAGAAGAUCCGUUGUGGUCAUCCUCACCAUCAUUCGUGCCCGCAUGGUUCAUGAACUCAGGUACACAGUCCAGUGCUUAUGCAUCACAAAUUUCAAGUGUGCCUAAUCCAGCACAGCAACAGAGCACGACAGACACAGCAGUCAAUCAGCUGACCUCCGUGUUCUCAGAGAUCCAUGCACAUUCACGCAGUGUCAGCAGAGGUUCACGCUCAGCGCCUUCGCAGCAAGAGGAAGGCCGUGCAAGAGUGUUCAGCAAUACUUGCACCAUCUGUUUGACAGCUUUCGAACAAGGAGAUGACGUCCUCCGAGCAUCAUGUGACCAUGUGUUUCAUGCCCUGUGUUUUUCAGAGUUAAUGCAGCACAGCGCAGAAGACGGUGUUCAGUGUCCCAAUUGCAGAGCACCAUGCACUGCUGUAAGCACAUGGCUCUACAUGAUUCCGCUAGCGUCAACAGCCAAUGUAGGUACUGCAACAGCCUCAGCCGAAGAUCCUGAGCAAGCCAAUGCUGUAAACACUCCAGUGCCAACUGAAGAUGGUUGGGACAGUGAAGAGGAGCCAUUCCAUUCUCCACAGCCUUCGCCGCACGAGGACGAAGAAGAAGAUGAUGGCAGAUCCAGACAGAGCUUUGCAUGGUGGCCUGUGCCGCGACAUCGUUCAGGCCCGCAUGCAGGUGAGCCAGUUGCAGAAGCCACAUAUCACAGCCAAGUUCGUUUGCGCCAAGGCAUGGGUCUGCUCAUUGACCCUGGUUCGUAUGGUAACUUGGUAGGAUCUGAGAAGCAGAUUACGCCGCCCCCGGUCGUUGAAGAAUCAAGUGCGCCCGCGCUUCUCGGCCUGAGAAGCCUCAAGCGACACAAUGCAAUUUUGGACAUGAGUCGCAACAUGUUGCAUCUCCUGCCAGAUGACACCCAAGCUGAAUUAGUGUUGCCAACAGGUGCAGAAUCAUUCCCAUUGGAGCAGUCUGAAAGUGGACAUCUCCUCCUGCCAUUCACAGACUUCGUAGGUCUACGCCAGUCCAGAUUCGAGCGACCAAAUCCACGUCUGGUGCAUCUCUUUGCAGAUGAUGCGAAUGCAGAGAGUAUGGCAGCAGUACAGAUAGAAACCAGAAGCAAAGCAGUUGCGCCUUCAGCAAAGGAAGGCAGUUCGAGUCCAGCAAAAGCAAAAGCAAGUGAGCCCAAUGCGCCCGCUGCAGCAUCCGCAGCAUCAAGCGCAUCCACAGUACCUCGAGUGGUUAUUCCUCAGAUCACACCUAAAGGUGAGCCAAGGCCUGCAAAGCCUGCAGCAUCUGCAGGCCCGAAAGCGACACCUCGAGGCAGUGUAGGAACAGCCAUCGCAGCAGGUCCAAAACCUCCUGCACAUCCCCGUGAAACUGGGGACCAGGAUGAGGAGUGA